UUCAGCCGGCAGCAUCAGCAGUUCCAUCCCAGACUUCACCACAACACAGUCACCCAUCGGGCGCCCACACCUUAGCCAUCCAACAAGACUUCCAAGAGGAAGACCAAAACACCUCCUCUUCAUCGGAACCCCGUGAUGGAUCAGCACAAGUAUCGCACAGCCGGUGUCCAGGAGAAACUGGAGAUCGUGGGCGUGGAGGAUGAGGCCGGGAACCCCAUCAGUGCUUUGACCAUCCUGUCGCUGCUGGAACGUGUGGCGGGAAUCAUCGACAAUGUGCAAUCCUGCCAGCAGCGCAUGGAAGAGCGGCAGCUGGAGCUGGAGAAUAACAUCAAGACUAUCCAGGGAGACGUCCUCAAACUGGCCAAGGACCACACCUCCACCAGCGGCACAGUGGAGAAGCUCCUGCAGAAGACCCGCAAGGUCAGUGCCAAUGUAAAGGAGGUGCGCACACGGGUGGAGAAGCAGAAUGUGCGCGUGAAGAAGGUGGAGACGACGCAGGACGAGCUGCUCACCCGCAACAAGUUCCGUGUGGUCAUCUAUCAGGGAGAGACAGAGAUCCCUUCAGUGGCCGUCCAAAAGUCUCCUCAGGGACCCGGUCUGGACGGUCUGGAGAUCGAGCCGGACCCCUACGACAUCCCUGCUGACCUCUCCUCAGAUGAAGAGUACAUGACGGUGGAGGAGGCUGACUCCUCACGUGCUGCCCGCAUCAAGAAGUCGAUGAUGAAGGGCACAGAGAGCAUCAAGGCUGCCUUCUCCAAGGAGAACAUGUCCAAGACCAAGGACAACCUGGGCACCAAGUUCCACCACCUUGGUGACAAGAUGGUUCCCCCUGAGAGAAGGGAGAAGAUGCACCAGCGCUUCAAACAGUCUGGUGAGCGCCUCAAGGAGAACAUCGCCAAGAAGGCUCCGACCAAAGAGGCAUUCCGCAUCAAGCUGAAGAAAGAGAGAACCGUGGCGGAGGGCCAGGAGGGGGCACAGGGCCAGGAGGGGGCAGAGUUGGCGGGAGCCAUAGCAAAAGGAAGGAAAAGCCCGGGAGUGGCCUACACUGAGGUAGUCACGGAAACAAAGAGGGAGGGGCCCGUGGAAGAACCCAGCGCCACCCGGAUAGGGGAGGAUGAUUAUGACAGGAAGUAGGUAUACCGACACAUGGUGAGAUCCAGCGUGGGACUUGAAGAUGGGGCAGGACAUUGGAGAAGAACUAAUUCUAAAGAAACAGGAUGAAGGUCUGUGAUUGGUCAACAGCUACGAUGGACAUUUUUAUUUAUUAAGAUGUUUUCAAAUGGAUGAAUGUUCUCAUGUUAAGUGUAGGUGCUGAUCUACCAGGUUGUGAAGUGUCAAAAUAAGAGCUGUAUUUUCGGGUGAGGAUAGGACAAGUUACUGAACUAUCAAACGUUAGACGUUUUGUUAAAUGAUUGAGUUGGCACAUUUAGGAAUUUUCAGAAUAAUCAGUGUUUUUUUUUUCUAUGAAGGAAUAGAGUCCAUGUUAAGGUUUCUAAAAAUGAUUAGGAUUAGUAGUGGUGAUAUGUUUGCCUGUAGAUCACAAGAAUAACUAGUGUGUAAAUCCUGAUUUCUGAUUCCUACAUCUGGUUUGGAGAAAAUCUGAGCUGGGGUUAGGUUCCUCUGUAAAAGUGCUGCUGAAAGAUGGAUGAAAGAAGAAGAACUUGAGAGAUAAAGUUAUGGUGGCUUGGUGGAAAUGCUUAAAGGGUAAUACAUGUAAAUGAGAAGUAUGUGUACGAGAUCAAACCUUGGAUCUGAAUACUGGAUAGGAUGAACAUCAGGCAGAUUCAGAUGGUCCGCACAGACCUCAGCUGGUCUCUGAGUGGUCUGAUACAACAAAACCCAAAGAUAAUUAUUCUGUGAAAUAAAUAAAUAAAUAAAUAAAUAAGCAUCCGAAUGCCAUACAAGUGCAAUGGGUUUCCACUGGGGAGGGGUUGGUGUUAAAUAGUAUUUGGUGCUCUGAUGCAGCACAUAUGGAGCCUGAACAAAUGAGAAUUUUUAUGAAAAAUUAGAAUUUGCAUGUACUCCUCGACACAACACCCCUUAUGAGUUCGGUGUGCUUUCCUCUGUCUCCAUCAUCUCAACGGGAGUGUAUUAUGGACAUUAUAUUGGGCUGGCUGUGGGGGAUAUUCAACACAUUGUAAAUGUAGAAGUUAUUUAUGGGGAUCUGUACUGUGGUCUUAUGACGUCAAAGCUUUUGAGCACCGCUGCGUUUUGUUGAAUGGAUGUGGUCUGCACUCGGCCACUUGCUCUUCAUGCUGUAGCUUCACAUGAAGUUCAGCUGAGUGUAAUGACCCUCACUUGUGUUACAUGAGCACAGCCAAUACAUGGUAUUUUUCUUAGAAGGUAAAACAAGUUGGAAUGGUCAUCAUCAGAGUAAUCUGGUUUUAGAUUUUAGACCCCUGAAGAGUAUUUAUCUACAAAUACAUGGAACCAUUAUAUUUUCAACAUACAAUCAUUUUUAAGGGUUUUUUUUUCUGAAAAGUAAACGCUUCUGUUGGAUCUUGUUUGGGGUGGUCCGGCUCAGGAUAGACCAGCUGUUUUAACAUCACUACCAGUCUGUUACUGUUGGACUGUUUUUAACAAGACAUGAGUCUCAUGUGCAUUAGUCCGCACCUUCAUGAGAGUCUGUUUCGUCUUUGAUUACUGCUCUUGCUUGUAUUGUCAUUUGUAAGACCAUCCCCGGUCCAACGCCACCACUUGUGAACAGAAUGGAAUCAUGAUGUGUCGCGUCACCAUGCAGCUUCACUUGUUUUCUUUUUCUAUGAAUAAAGGUCUCAUGA